AUAAUAAUUUCAACGCAGUUGGUUUUAUAAAUAUUAAGAUUGUAUAAACGAUCAUUAAACAUGCAAGGAUGUGAUUGUUCAUCAAUAAUAGGCAUACAAAGUGCAGUGGCAGCUGCCUCCUUUGCAUUGUGUCUGUACACGUGUAAGAAAGUUAAAAUGUGCAAAUGUCAUAAAAAGGGCAACGAUGCAGGGUUAUUUUUACCUUUACCACAAGGUCACAUUGAAGAUCUAAUCGAACAAAAAAAUGAGCCCAUAGAAGACAGUGAUAUACCGAAAGUUGCGAUAACUAAAUUACAGCUACCGAAACAAAAGACAGAGAAAAACAAACAUGAAAAGUUCACCAAUGCUACUUCUAUUGUAGAACUAAUCUUUAUACUAGCCAAAGAGUCUGGAUCGAUAAUUCCUCAUCGUCUACUGGAUGAAAUUAUAAGCGUCUCAAAAUCCGAAAAAUUAAAAGAGGAACAAUGUAUAUCAUCUUUAUCUUAUGAAUUUGUCGGAGUGUAUGGAGCCGAGAAGAUACAACAAGCUGAUGUAGCCCUGUUUACUAGCAUUAUGUCAAACGUUAUAAGUUUAGAGUACGAGUGCUAUAUCGAGUUCCUAAUCACACUUGACGCACUAGACAGGGCAAUACUAAACUCAUUUGACCCUAUGGUUGUGCUUACAUCAUUAUAUCUGAUAUCUGCAAACUGGGACAAAGGAGAAUGUGCAAAACCAACUGAAUUAUCAUCAAUUCUAAAGACCAAUAAUAUCGAUGCCAGUAAAGUGGCUAGUACAAUAACAGUGGUUAAUAUCCAUAGAAGGACAAUAAAUGUUACGGAAGAAGGAAUUUCUAAGGCUGUUGACUCUAUAAGGGCAGCUGUGGUCAGAAGAUCCUCAAGAAUAAGGAAGACAAACAAAUGA